AUGUCCCAGGCCCCAGGCGCCGCGCCCGCCCGGGCUGAGGGCCUUGUCGCCAACGAUCGCUCGAGUACGUCAAGUGCCCAGAGCACCGAGACGCUCUACGAUGCCGCCGAGGCCAAGCACCUCGAGCCGGCCGCGCACAAGCUCCGCAAGCAGUUCUUCCACCUGCAUCAUCAUCAUGCCCACAGUAGUAACGGCAAAGAGAGCAUUGCCGUCGAGGAGCGGUCUGCCUCCACCAAGCGGUCCACCACCUUCAUCCGCUCCUUCAAGUACCUCAACAACCUGACGCCCAAGCAGGUCGACGACUUUAUGGCCUCGUACGUCAUUUACAACCUCGACUGGGAGGACGAGCCGGCCAUGGUGGCGGCGCUCGGCACGGACUACAAGCAAAAGGUCGGCGACUCGCUGCGGGCCUACUACGGCGUCAUGAACCACCUCUGCGCGCUGGGGUCCGUCGAAAAGAUGUACAUCCCGCCGCUGAUGGACAGGCACGUGUCGGUGCUCGACAACCAGCUGCUGUACGAGGAGUCGAUUGCGCGCGACCUGGGCCUCAAGCCGGGCGACCGCGUGCUCGACAUUGGCUGCGGCCGCGGCCGCGUCGCCGCGCACAUGGCCAAGUACUCGGGCGCGCACGUCACGGGCCUCAACAUCGACCCGAACCAGCUGGCCCAGGCGCGGGCGUUCAAUGCCGAGCAGGGGCUGAGCAACACCUUUGUGGAGCGCGACCAGAACGACCUGCCGCUGCCCUUUGCGGACGCGUCCUUUCACGCCUUCUACCAGAUCCAGGCCUUCAGCCUGUGCAAGGACCUGCCGGCCAUGUUCCGCGAAAUCUACCGCGUGCUCAAGCCCGGUGCGCGCUUCUCGAUGCUCGACUGGGUCAGCCUGCCGGCCUACGACCCGGCCAACGAGCAGCAUGCCGAGCUCAUGCGCCGCGUCAAGCCGCUGAUUGGUGCUGUCGGCACGCCCACGCCGGCCGGUCUCGAGCAGGCCUUGGCGGACGCCGGGUUCACGGUGACGCGGUCGGACAAUGCGAGCGUCGGCGGUCUGCAGGCGCCGUUGAUCGACAAGGUCGACGUGUACUUCCGCGCCGUGCGGCAGAUGAUCCUGGGCCUCGUGCGCGUGCACGUGCUGCCCAAGCACUUCAAGACGCUCAUCAACCGGCUGUGUCUCGACGGCCAGGCGUUUGUCAAGAUGGACGAGAUGCGCCUCAUCUCGACGAGUUAUCGCAUCAUUGCGCAGAAGCCGCUGGACACGCCGUCGGAGGCAUAG